AUGCCGUCCUCCAGAUCCAAAGCAGCCUCACCGCGGCACCCGCCCGGCCUUGACGCAGAGCGCGCCCGCGUCAAGAAGCUGGCCAGCUACUUCGGCUCUCUCGGCAUCGUGCCCGAAGACUCGUCUGCCAGUCCUGCCACCGACCCCGUCUCCAGCUCGCCCGCCGCCGCCAGAGAUGCCACCCUCACGGCCCUCGCCCAGCUGGGCCCGCUGCGCCUGCAGUGCGACCGCGCCUUCGUCUCGCUCACUGACCGCUGCCACCAGUACAUCAUCGCCGAGGCCACCCGCUCGUUGUCUUACUUCGACCUGGCCCGCAACUCACAAGACCCCCUCUACCUGGGCGUCGUCGCCCUAGAUGCCGCCUGGAGCCCGGAAACCAUCCACAUCUUCACCGAACCUGCUGGCCACGUGGAUAUCUGCACCCCUAACGUGCAGGCUGACCGUUCCAAGUACCGCAUGUGUGACUUCCGCGCCGACCCGCGCUAUGUCGACAGUCCCUACGUGGCUUCCUGGCCCUACGCACGCGCCUACUUGGAAGUCCCUUUGCGCACGUCGACUGGCGAAGUCAUCGGAUCUUACUGUGUGGUCGACAAUCGCAUCCGCGACGACUGGGCCGAUGACUUGGCCAUCCGGAUCUUGGCUGAAAUCGCCCAAACCAUCAUGGACCACAUUGAACUUGUCAAGAUGCAGGAGCAACACCACCGCCUGGAGCGACUGGUAAACAAACUCUGUGUAUACGUCGAAGAGAAUACUAGCAUGCAGGCUUCGGAAACCAACCUUCACGCCGACCAAAGCUCGUCAGCUAGCACCCCCCAGGACAGCCCUGAAUCGAGCCCUAUGUCCGGGCCUGUAAAAUCCAGCAAUAAAUUUCCCAGUGAAAAGCCAGCCUCCAGUUCGCACGAUUCGUUGGAGACGCAAUUAACCACCCCUAGCCCGAGCCCGAGACUGAACCCUUUCGAGUCAUCAGUGUCGCCCUCCAGACCAACCCACAUGUUGAGCCAGAGAUCUUCAUCAUCAUCGCACAGAGCACCACCGUCGCAGCGGUCGAGAGACAUUCCGGCGACGUUUUCGCGCGCAGCAAAUCUCAUCCAAGAGGCGACAGACAUCGAGGGCCUCGUCUUCCUGGAUGCAUCUCCGAAUGGCUUUGGAACCCGUCUGGACUCGAAAGUGGGCAACGUUUCAACCAGCUUGGAAACAGCCCAUUCCCCCGUCUCUGCUGCAGCAGAUUCUCCCAGGAUCAAGAUGUGCGAAACGCUCGGACAGUCCGUUAGCAGCGAUAGCAUCUCCGCAGGCUCAUUGUCUAUUCCCGAAGCGCUUCUACAAAGACUUCUUCAAGUCCACCGGGGAGGCACCAGCUUUUUCGCGGAUGAGCUUGACGAAUUAGAUGAGCAAGAGGGCAGCGAUGCGAAAUGUCUUUUCAAGAUUUUCGAUUCCGCCCGCUCGAUCCUUUUCAUGCCGCUUUGGGAUUACCAGAAAGAGGGGUGGUAUGCGGCCGCCAUUGGCUGGUCCACAAAGGCUAACCGCAUUUUCGCGUCCGAAGACCUGGUGUACAUCUCAGCCUUUGGUAACUCGAUCAUGAAUGAGGUGUCCCGCAUAGAGGCCAUGUCGGUCAGUCAUGCCAAGUCCAAUUUUAUUUCGUCGAUUUCGCAUGAACUCCGCUCGCCACUCCAUGGGAUUCUUGCGAGCACCGAGUUACUCAAACAGACCAAUCUCGAUCCUGAGCGGAUGGCCUUGGCCGAUAUGGUCGAGGUGUGUGGAGUGACCCUUCUGGAAACGAUGGAUCAUCUUCUCGACUUUGCCAAGAUCAACCACUUGUACAGAAAGGGUCGUCGAUCUUCAUCCGAUGGCCUCGGAGGGAGCAGGGGAGGAAGCAGGAACAGGAAAGAUUAUUUGAAUCUGUGCAAAACAGCAGACUUGAGCCUCCUGGUUCAGGAAGUUGUCGAAGGAGCGUACUUGGGCCACACAGCCCAGACCACAGGCCAGUUUGACCACGAAAACACUCCACUGGACGACGACGAAUCACCAAGCUCUAAAGUGGACAGAAUGCGCCGACCCAAGUCCAAACCUGUUCUUUUGACCAUGUCCAUUGAGAAGUGUAAUGACUGGCGACUGCACACCGAACCUGGCGCGUGGAGGAGGAUCGUUCUAAAUCUCGUGGGAAAUGCACUCAAGUACACCCAACGUGGAUCCGUCGAGGUUAGCCUGAAGUGCGUUGGCGCAGAGAGUGGACGAAGGCCUUCGUCAACCGAGGAUGGCCCCGAGAAGCGUUACAUUUGUCUCUCCGUCAAGGACACGGGUCGUGGCAUUGGCGAGGAUUAUUUGAAGUACCGCUUGUUUACCCCAUAUGCGCAGGAAGAUUCGCUGGUCAGCGGAACGGGACUGGGUCUGUCCAUCGUCCAUCAUUUGGUGACACAUCUCGAUGGGACUGUUCACAUACACAGCGAGGUCGGCGUUGGAACCCAUGUGCAGGUCAUGAUACCUGUCCCAAACGACGCGGAUGGUUCCCCGCCGAAAUCUGAUUGCACACCAGACUCAGCCGAGGAGGCAACGCAGACGUUGCAGGGCAAGACUAUUCUUCCGCUGAGAGGCGAUCGCUCACCCCACCGAGACGCAGAAGGAGAGAAGCUUCUUUCGAACGCUAUUCACACCGCUCAAUCUUGGUGGGGAAUGAAAGUUGUCUCCCAGGACGGUCCCGACGGCACUGAGACGGCAGCAGACUUUUGCAUGCUCCAUGUUUCGGAGCUCGAAGCUGCUCACGAGAACAGCUCUCUGAAGGACAUUACCGCCGCCAUCGUCGUCGUCUGCACACGCCAGCCCACACAAGAGCAACUCCUUGUUGCAGGCCUCUAUAACGCAACCUUCCUUCAGCAACCCUUUGGCCCCAAAAAGAUGAAGCAUUCACUCAACGCCGCGCUCUCCCGCUACAGUCACGACCCGCUACCUCCCGGCCAACCUCAACGAAAAUCAUCAUGGAUUGGCGCUCAGAGCCGUCUUUCAUACCGCGACUCCGGUGCCGGCGCCCUCGCAAUCGGCGCCCCUGUCACCGCCACAAGCACCCAACCGUCCACGCCAGCCCCGUCCUCCCCCACGCCUGCCUCACCGCCCUCACAGCCUACUUCUUCUCCCAUACCGACACCAGUGACAGAAGAGGACCGCACCGACCGGCCGCUUCACCUCCUGCUGGUAGAAGAUAACGAGAUCAACCUCAGGAUUCUCACGACGUACGCGCGCCGCCUUGGAUGUACGUUCGCGACUGCGUCGAACGGGCAAGAAGCCGUCGAAGCCUUCAAGGCCGCCACCCACCCACCGUUUGACGUCGUGCUCAUGGACGUCAGCAUGCCGGUGAUGACGGGAUUCGAGGCGACGAGGGCGAUCAGGGCGUGGGAAAGGGAAAAGCGCGGAACGGGAGGGAGAGCGGAGCCAGACGGAAACGGUUGUGGUGGCGCAGACGGUGCGAAGGAGCGGGGUAGGGGAAGGAAACGGAGAGGCUGCAGGAUUUUGGCGCUCACGGGCCUUGGCGCGGCGGAGAGCCAGAGGGAGGCAUUCAGCAGUGGGAUGGAUGAGUUUUUGAUGAAGCCGGUGCCGUUGAAGAGGCUCAAGGGGGUGCUGUUUGGAGAUGACAGGCGCGGCCGUGCGGAGGAGGGACAAGAGAAGGAAGAGAAAUCGAAGGCAACGAAGGCAUGA